UUGCCGCGAGAGGGCAGUAGGGUACAGUCAAUAACAAUGUCGGAUCUUGUGUGAGGUGAUUUAUGAGUUCCCAAAAAAAGGUGGAAUACUAACGGAUUUCCAGCACUACAUUUAUGUGCUGCGAUACCGGCAAGACGUCAUUAUAGAAAGCGCGGCAAUACACGAGAUACGUCGAAACUUUAUUACCUCAAUAUAGCUCUGGGAUUACCUUUGUACUGAAAUGUUGGCGACUGGGGACCUGAAAUUACAUAGUUACUAUUAAGUCAUCUACAUUGUUCAUGAUGAAUUUGUUGACUCUACAACUACAAGCAGCAGAGGGCGAGUAGUCGGAUACAUUAUGGAGGGUACACCGACUACUGAACCAGAAGAUGCCUUGCUCCUUCCCACUGCAGCAAUUUGUGUCAUUGCCAUCGGUGGAUAUGUCUUCCUUAUCGUCAUAUUUUUGCUCAUCAGGCAGGUGCUUAUGGACCGAGGCAUGUGCGGAGAGUGUAAGCACGUGUGCGGUAAGGAGGGUGAGCAGUGUGCUUGCUGCCAGUGUUGCAUCACAACGCUGUCACAGUGCGACUGCAAAUCACCAAAUUGCGACAUCUGCGUUGACUCCGUCUGUCCAAAACCGCAAAAGUGUGACUGCGGAAAGCUCGUUACCUGUGCAUGGUGUGCACAAAAAGAUUGCUGUGCAGGGGAGCCACUGUGCAAU